AUGUCGUUUGGCGGGCCCGAAAAACAACUCUUCCACCAAAUCCUCCACUCACUCAUCUUCUCUCUACCCCUCAAUUAUUAUCUUCUUUUUCCCAUUUCUCUUCGAUAUCUUCAUCACUCUUGUCCGAAUUACCUACAAUUGAAAAUGUUUUCUAUCAGCCGUGCUGCUUUGCGGUCUUCGCGCCAGUCUGCCAUUGCUCGUCCAUUGGCUUCUGCAUUCUCCCCGGGCACAUUUGUUAACACAAGAUCGCGCCCAUCCAACUUGUCCGAACUCCGUUCGUUUGAGUCUCUUCUUCAACGCUACAAUACCAACUAUGGCUCUGGAUAUGGAAGGGAGAGCCAAGGGGGAGGAUACGGUAACCAAGGAGGAUACGGUAAUCAAGGAGGAGGGUAUGGUGGCAAUCAAGGAAAUGCUCCUAGGAACAAUAAUCGCGGUUAUAAUAACAACAGUGCUGGCCGGACGGGUUUUGGGGAUCGGAAACUGACCCCCACUAAAGUCGUCUAUAUUGGAAAUCUUCAGUUCGAUGUUAAGGAAGAAGCUCUCCGGGAUGAAUUCAAGACCUUUGGCCCGAUUCUGAGCGUUAAGAUUAUCUACGAUGCUAGAAACAUGAGUAAAGGUUUCGGAUACGUUGAAUUCGAGACCGUUGAACAAGCCACAUCGGCCAUUGAAAACGCCCAUAAUGCUGUCCUCAUGGGACGCAGAAUGAACGUCCAAUAUGUCCAUCGUCCCACCACCGGGGCUAACGGUUUUAACGAGCCGUCAAAGACAUUGUUUAUUGGAAACUUGAGCUUCGAUAUGACCGAUGCCGACUUUGACAGACUUUUCUCUGAUAUCCCUGGUUGUGUUGAUGUCCGAAUUGCCAUGGAUCGCGCUACCGGGCAACCCCGUGGCUUCGCUCACGCUGACUUUGUUGACAUUGAUUCGGCGGUCCAGGCCAAGGAGAAGUUGGCUGGUGUUGAGACCAGAGGAACUCUGGCCGCAGGAAUGCCGUCCCUGAGAAUUACACCUAUGGGAAUGCCGUCCCUGAGAAUAACGCCUAUGGGAAUGCCGUCCCUGAGAAUAACGCCUAUGGGAAUGCCGUCCCUGAGAAUACCGCCUAUGGGAAUGCCGUCCCUGAGGAUGCCGGCUUUGAGGAUCCUAUGGCGUCUCCUUCACCCCCUACACAAGAGGAGACCUUCGAGGAACGUUCAGACGACUCAGAGGGAGGUGCACCUAAGCCUGAUGGCUCCUAUUAAAUCAAGAGUAAAAAAGGCGUGAAGGUUCAAAAGGGGGGUCCAUCGAGGGAACGAAAUUACGAGUCUUUCAUUAUUGAUCAAUCAACGUAAUGAACUGGGCUGUGGGAUUUGAAAGUGAGGGUGAGAGAGAUCAAAAAGCUUGGUUAAAAUGAGGGGAAAUUCAAACAAAAUGUAAAUUUAUCGGGUCAUGUGUUCUAUCCAGGCUCUUCGUUGCUCUUCGCUUUUUACCUUUUUUAUAAGCAGUGGGGUGAUUGUCCUUUUGUCUUCAUGUUUAAAAGUUCUCUUUCUCACUUUCAAUUUUCACUUCCGAUUUUCGAUUUCAUUUCCCUUUUUGCUCCUUCGUUUUGUUAGCUUUUUUUUUUUUUUUUGUCUGUAUUUUCACCCUCAUUCUUGUACCCUUUAAGGCAGUUUUCAUCGUAUUUAGACGAAAUCUCUUCUCUGUGCCGUAAGAUACAAGUGUUUUGUGUUGUAAAA